CGUGCACUGGAACAUGUCUAACUUAUUUUCUUUACUCCUUCUUGUGUUUCAGUUCUGUGUUAUAGAUUCAGAAACAUCGGAUGUUGAGGGCACGUGCAGUACGGACUACCCUGUCAACAUACCGGAAGGGUCGUCACUAAAGUAUAAGGCAGCAACGUCCUUCAAACUGGAAGGAUUCGACGAUGCCACCGUUGUUCUACGAAAAACAUCAGAAGGAUACGCCAUGGAUCUGGAGGGCGAGCUGUACGUGACUGGAGGUGGCCUUACUAAUAGAUACAAAGCUGUCCAAAUCACUAUGCUAAUGGACAACUCGACCAUCCAUCUGUACAAUAAGAGACAGUUCGUUAUGCAGGUAUAUCUCCUAAGCUACAAUACAAAGUAUGCAAACCGAACGGAGGCUACAGGUCAGAAAGACGGACUGUCUGCCUUGUCAUUCUGGGUCCAGGACACUAUGACGAGUCAAAAUUCUGAGCUGGUUCCAACGUUCGAAGAACUCUUCAAGGCAGGUGAAAGGACAGAUAAUGUAAAACUGAGGAAUAUAUUCCCCCAGUACCUCCUGAAGUUUUACCAAUAUCAUGGCAAGCUGGGACCAAUGCAUCCAUCUUGUGACGUCAGCUGGAGUAUUUCAAACGACAGACUGCUUAUACAUAAGGACCAGAUUCAGACGCUGAGAUCACGAUUCCCGACCUCUCAGAGGAAGACCAGCACCAGAAGCAAUGGUUCACCAACUGUAACACGCAAUUUCCGACUAUCGACUGAGUCGUCUGCCCCAGCUGUUUCCGUUAACACCCUAGUCACCCUCGGAGCUGUAGCUCUAUAUUCCCUUUGUAUUUUGUAGAUUGGAUAAUCAGCACGAGGAAAGUUAUUUACCUAUUCUAAUAGCUAGAAACGAAAAGGCACCGCACAGAAGAAUACUCGUAAAUACUUGGCUUAAGUAGAUUUCUGGUCUAUGUUGUCUUAAUCUAAAGUAGAUUUGUAUACAAAAACAAUUUUAGAACGUUCCGAUAAGUUAAGAGUAGUGAAAAGAUGAUGAAACCUCUUUCCUGGAAGUUUGGGAAUAUUUUGUCAUCCGGAGAUUCCGAAAUCUUAUUAACAUAACUAAAAACUGUUCACAGCAAAUUCUAAUUAUGGUCGUGUGAUUUUUUCUCUGUCACUUUUUUAAACAUAUCUAUUAGACUUAUGACAAAUUGGUCGUGAUUCCGAAAUCAAUUACGGAAGUCUUUCUCGACUGAAAGUAACAAACAGCGUAAGGUGUGACUCUAGGAAACAUGGCGGAUGUCUUACUACAUAUUGAAUGAGUGAAAAGGUUGGCAUAAUACACCGAAGUAUAACUUUGGAUCAAUAGAAUGCAGCACUCCUAACGUGGAUAUCUGACAGGGACAUAUUGUAUGCCUAUAACGGCGGAACUCUUUAAUAAAGAUGUAUAUAGAGCUCAUAAUCAGACGAUUGUCUUUCAAAGGUAUAAUUUACGAUCACAGAAUUACCUGUUUUUUUUUCUUUUUUUCUUUUUUUUGUGUGAUCUAUCGAUCGAAUGUCUUCAAUUUUCAUACAUUUUUACAGUGACGCAUUCAGUACAUCUGCAUUUGUAUCACAGAGCGUAUUUAUUGUAACACAGACUAAUUUAGAGGGUAGUUGUUGUAACACAGACUAAUUUAAAAGUUGGUUGUUGUAACACAGACUAAUCUAGAGAGCAGUUAUUGUAACACAAACUUAUCUAAACGGUAGUUGUUGCAACACAGACUGAUUAAAAUGGUAGUUGUUGUAACAACAACGGGAAUUAAGAGUGUUAUAUUCCUGUAUUAAAGAACAGAUGCGUUGUCUUCCAAAUAUGAUAUUCAGUAUAUUUGUUUUUGAUAUGAUAUAUGACAUAUAUAUACUCUGAAUAUAUAUGUUAUUACAUUGUAAUGAGUACACUAUUGUUAGUAUACCUCCCCUGCCACACGAGUAGGUAAAUCAGUGAUUAAAGCAUUAUUGUUGAUAUUGUUAUAUAAAUAGCUUGUAAAUGUAUAUCUAUGUAUCUAAACGUAACGACAACCAUUCCUAGUAAUACUCAUGUUUGCUGUUUAUCUGUACCCCUCGGUACACUGUAAGAUUUCCCUAAGCACGCUUUAGGAUGUCCUUUGGUAAGGGAUUUCCCUUGGUUCAUUAAGGGAUUUCCAUUGGUUCAUUAAGGGAUCUCCCUUGUUACACUCUGGGAUUUCCCUUGGAACUCUAUGGGAUUUCCCUUGGAACUCUAUGGGAUUUCCAUUGGUUCACUAUGGGAUUUCCCUUGUAACUCUUUGGGAUUUCCUUUGAUACACUACAUGAUUUCCCUUGGUACACUAUGGGAUUUCCCUUGGUACACUUUGGGAUUUCCCUUGGUACACUGGGAUUUCCCUUGGUACACUGGGAUUUCCCUUGGAACUCUGUGGGAUUUCCAUUGAUACACUAUGGAAUUUCCAUCCACGUGGUGCAAUUUACAAAGCAGUAUUAUAUUUCCAUUUCUUUGUUAUGCACAACAUGCUAAAUCUAUACAUGUAUAUGAACAUUUGUUUACCUGUAUAUCUUGCUGAUAAUUAUAGUAUCAACAAUUUAUUAAUACUAAUUCGACUACUAACCAGCUCUUAUACUGUAUUGUGUCAAACUAUAUCACAAUUUUACCCUUUCCCAAUUCAAGCGUGCCCAUAUGUGUAUCACUUUAUGCUUCAACACUCUUCAUGUCAAACAAGUCCAUUCAUUAUAUUUCCUGUUCUUGAUGUUGAAAUCGUAUCCUUUUUGCUAAAAAAAUCGUCCGCUGAAAGACCGGAAGAUCGUAAUAGUGGACUUAAAACCCGUUAAGAUAAUAGAAAUAUGCUAAAAAUAUUCGAUCUUAAUGUGUUGCGAGCAUUGAAAUUCCUAGAGGUUCUCGAAUAUACAAUGUGUAACAGUUGAACUUAAUUAAAAGACAAAGAAACUGUACGAAUCAACAUAGUGAUGGUCGAAAAAUGGCUAUUCUGUAUCACGUUCAUCUGUACAAGAGCAGAUACAUAGCGAUGGAACGUCCAUUCAAUGUGGACAUUCAGUGAUAGUACAUAGUUGUAUAGUGAUAACCCAAAGAAAGCAGGAAUACUGAAUACUCUAUUAUCAAUGUUAGAGAUUUAAAAAAAAAUACAAACAUGGCUUAAAUGAGGAGAAAUGAAAAUGAGCAGACAGGUACCCGUCACUUCUAGAUGGUCCAUGUAGGUCUCUGGUCUCGUUCGACACAGACCAGUUAAUUAUUUUAUAGAUUAAUUGAACAAUAUACUACAACGUACAGCGAUCGUUUACCAGAGUAAUUAACAUCCAAUAGUAAGAAGAAAACAUACCGUUACUAAUGUCGUUAGACGCUAAUUAAAUGAAAAAUGUAUUCAUAUCGACAAACGAAGAGACAAUAAAGCGGUAUAAAAUUAACUACAAAGUAAAAAAAUAGCCUAACGAUACAACAAAUACCACCUGAUCAUAACGGAUGAUAUUUCGGUGUGUUAGCCAUUCAGCACUCUGGCUUGCUACUUUCCCUGUACCCAAGCGCUAAGUGUUGCAGAUGACUACAAACAGCCGUAAACGAUACGAUAAAGCUAUGUCCUACAUUUUCAUCAUUUUUCAUGUCUGGCGGCGAAAUAUUGAAAUGUUACAAUGAAAUUACAGCAUAGUUACUCUGUGAAAUAUGCAAUGGUCUAGUGAAAAAGUGUUAGCUGUUUUUUACUUUAAGGCUAAACAAUGUAAUUGUUUUACUCAGAUGAAUGUUGUUUAAUGUCAUGUGAUAGAUGGUAUCUGUUUCCUGUUGAAAACGUCUUCCUUUUUCCAUUUAGGAACUUGUGCCGAAGGCACGUGCUUGUAUAUUAACACGUUACUUACAAUAAACAGGAACUCUCUU